AUGCCAAGGGGCAGGCGGGCUUCUCGUGACGGCCCCUCAAGACUGCGCAACGAAUCGCGCCGGCCCUCGCUGGCCGGGAUGGGAAGGAGUCCGGUGUGUCUGGCCCGCGAUGGGGCCCAACCAACCUCUGUGGGCUGCGUCCAGCUUCCCGUUCCCUCUCCUGGGGUGGAUGGUGUGUGUGUCUGCGGGAGCCACGGCCACAGGAAGCUCUGGCUCCCGAAGGCUCUCGUUCGCACGGGAUCUGCUCCAGCCAGGACUGAGCCCCUUCUCCAGAGCCGAGCAAUCGGCACUCAAGCUGCCACGUGUGUUUCUUUACUUUUUUUUUUUAAAACCUGGCUGUGCAUUGAAGGGUCUAUUAGGUUUUUUUUUUUUUUUUCUGUCUCAACAGCUGAAAUGGGGCCACUGAGGAGUGCCUUCUGUUAUCUGGUAUGGCUGCAGUGGGGUGUGUACCCGUGCCCAGGGGGGUGUCUCCUGGCACGGGGGCAGCAGGGCGCCCUGGUUGUUGAUGGGAGAUGA